AUGCCGGCCGCUGUCGUUGUCACUGGCCCCAGCUCGAAGGUGGAGGGUCGAGGGUUCGGAUCCGGAGCCUGGGCGCUCGUCUUGUCUCCGGCUGUGGCCGUUUUGUAUGUUUGUUAAGUUGCGCAGCGCUACGCAUUCCGUUGGUAUUUCACCAUUAAUACUUGUCUACUUAACGGUAAAUUACAGACAUUAAAUGCACGCACACACAGCAAGACAAAUGCGUGCGUGUGAGUGUGUGGGUGUUUCAGUCUGUAUGCACACAUCUUUCAGUGUAU